AUGCUAAAUUUGAAAUAAUAUACACAUUACAAUUCAAUUGGUGAUGAAGGUGCAUCAGGCUUAGGUUCUGGUUUAGCAAAUUGCAUUAAUCUCUCAAAUUUGACACUUAACCUUUAUCAUAAUUAAAUUGGUGCAAAUGGUGCAUCAGGCUUAGGUUCUGGUUUAGCAAAUUGCAUUAAUCUCUCAAAUUUGACACUUAUACUUGAUGAAAAUAAAAUUGGUGCAAAGGGUGCAUCAGGCUUAGGUUCUGGUUUAGCAAAUUGCAUUAAUCUCUCAAAUUUGACACUUGAUCUUCGUAAAAAUUAAAUUGGUGAUAAAGGUGCAUCAGGCUUAGGUUCUGGUUUAGCAAAUUGCAUUAAUCUCUCAAAUUUGAAACUUGAUCUUCGUGAAAAUAAAAUUGGUGCAAUGGCUGCAUCAGGCUUAGGUUCAGGUUUAGCAAAUUGCAUUAAUCUCUCAAAUUUGACACUUAAUCUUGGGAUUAAUUAAAUUGGUGCAAAGGGUGCAUCAGGCUUAGGUUCUGGUUUAGCAAAUUGCAUUAAUCUCUCAAAUUUAACACUUGAUCUUGGUUACAAUUAAAUUGGUGCUAUGGGUGCAUCAGGCUUAGGUUCUGGUUUAGCAAAUUCCAUUAAUCUAUCAAUUUUGACACUUGAUCUUGGUUUAAAUUAAAUUAGUGAUGAAGGUGUAUUAGGCUUAUGUUCUGGUAUAGCAAAUUCCAUUAAUCUCUCAAAUUUGACACUUAAACUUUUUUACAAUUAAAUUGGUGCAAAGAGUGCAUCAGGAUUAGGUUCUGGUUUAGCAAAUUGCAUUAAUCUCUCAAAUUUGACACUUGAUCUUGGUACAAAUUAAAUUGGUGAUUAAGGUGCAUCAGGCUUAGGUUCUAGUUUAGCAAAUUGCAUAAAUCUCUCAAAUUUGACACUUGAUCUUCGUAAAAAUUAAAUUGGUGAUAAAGGUGCAUCAGGCUUAGGUUCUGGUUUAGCAAAUUGCAUUAAUCUCUCAAAUUUGACACUUGAUCUUGGUUCUGUUUAAAUUGGUGAUGAAGGUGCAUCAGGCUUAGGUUCUGGUUUCGCAAAUUGCAUUAAUCUCUCAAAUUUAACAAUUGAUCUUCGUUACAAUGAAAUUGGUGACAAAGGUGCAUCAGUUUUAGGUUCAGGUUUAGCAAAUUGCAUUAAUCUCUCAAAUUUGACACUUAACCUUUAUAAAAAUUAAAUUGGUGAUUAAAGUGCAUCAGGCUUAGGUUCUGGUUUAGCAAAUUGCAUUAAUCUCUCAAAUUUGAAACUUGAUCUUCGUUACAAUUCAAUUGGUGCAAAGGGUGCAUCAGGCUUAGGUUCUGGUUUAGCAAAGUGCAUUAAUCUCUCAAAUUUGACACUUAACCUUAUGUAUAAUUAAAUUGGUGCAAAUGGUGCAUCAGGCUUAGGUUCUGGUUUAGCAAAUUGCAUUAAUCUCUCAAAUUUGACACUUAUACUUGAGUAAAAAGAGUUUAUUUGUUUUGGAUUGUGA